UGGUCUCGCCCGGGCCGGGCCGGAGAGCGGGGCGCACACGUGGGCCGGGCCGGGCCGUGCCGCGCCGUGCGACGCAGGAUGCUCCGCUGUGCUGAGGUGGAUGAUGGCUGUGUGGGCUCGGCACGUCUCCCGCUGGGGUUGCCUGCUGAGCACGGCCCGUGCUGCUGAGCUUCCUCGGAGGCUGCGGAGUGGCGGCUGCCCCGCACGGGCCUGCCGUGAGUUUGCCCGUGUGGCCGUGCUGCCCGCUGGAAGGGAGGUUGUUCUGGGCAGACUGCCGGCAUACAGGCAGGUGUCUGUAGGAAGCUGUUCCCCGCCCGACAGCGCCAAGGAUGGAUUCUUCUCUUCUCCCGAAAGUAACUUGCCUUCAGUACAACAGGGACAAGCACAAACAGAAAUAUUACCUGAUCUGAAUGCAAAAAUACUGGACGAAGACUGGGAUGACAUCCCACCUUCAUCUGCUUUGGAAGUGAUUUCUGAGGAAGAAGCUGCACAGAUCAUUGCAGAACCGCUUCUCCCCAUUCAGUCUUCCACGCUCCGAGAUUAUGUUGAUCACUCAGAAACCCUUGCGAAACUUGUCCACCUAGGAGUUGACUUAUCCCAAGUGGAGAAACGUCAAAAGGCAGGUCAGCUCUUACUGACCUUGGACUUUGAAAAAGAUGUAAAAAAAAUACUUCUGUUUCUUAAGGAUGUGGGUAUAGAAGACAAUCAACUGGGACCAUUCCUGACCAAAAAUCCAUACAUCCUUGGUGAAGAUCUGGAAGCUUUAGAAACCAGAGUGGCUUACCUAAAAUCAAAAAAAUUUGGUAAGUCAGAAAUUGCUCAGAUGGUCUCAAGAGCUCCAUAUUUGCUGUUGUUUUCAGUGGAAAGACUGGAUAACAGACUGGGUUUCUUCAAAAAUGAACUUGGUCUCAGUGUAAAAAAGACAAAGGAUCUCGUAAUUCGUCUUCCAAGGCUACUGACUGGCAAAAUAGAGCCUGUAAAAGAAAAUCUUCAGGUUUGUCAAAUUGAACUUGGUUUUCAACGUAAUGAAAUUCAACAGAUAGUGUGUAAAACUCCCAAGAUUUUAACUGCAAGUAAAAAGAGACUCAAACAGACAUUUGACUACUUACACAACAUAAUGGGCAUUCCCCACCACAUGCUUACUCGCUUUCCUCAGGUUUUCAACUCAAAGCUAUUACGAAUCAGAGAGAGGCAUAUGUUUCUUGCAUUCUUGGGAAGAGCCCAGUAUGACCCAGCACAACCCAGCUACAUCUCCCUGGAUCAGCUGGUAUCCUUGCCUGAUGAGGUGUUUUGUACAGAGAUUGCCAAAGCAUCUAUGCAGGACUUUGAAAAUUUCUUAAAAACACUUUGAUUAGUAACACAUGUAAAAAAUUAUAGAAUUAAGUUUCAAAAUAAACAUACUUUGUAAAACUACUUCCCUUUAAGGUCUCCUAACUUUUUAAUUACUGGUUUAAGAAGUCAUUUUUUAUGAAGUGUGUAGGAUUUAAAGGCUUACAUUAAUACUUACAGUAACUUAAAAAUGUAUUUCAGAAGGAUUGAGCCAAUAUGUUGAUUGCUAAUGCAAGCCUUUUAAUUAAUCACUAACUUAAUUGAAAGUGGAUGAUGCAGCACAUUAACAAAAAGGUAAAUUCAAAUUCUUAAUUUUUUCUUUUGAUAAUGGCAAAAUUUUGGGAGAUUGGAAAACUGGCUAGUGACUUAUUCCCUGUCUUCCCUUCUGUUAUGUUCUCCUUUCACCCUCUUCUCCAAAAAUAAGAAUAGCAAGGUAGUGUGGUGGUGAAGUAGUGUUGUGUUUACCUACUUGAGCUAAUAAUAAUGUUAUUAUUUUCUUUGUAUGGUAGAAAGAAUCACACCAUUAAUAUGUGAAGCACCUCAUACAGAAAGGCAUUCUUUCAAUAGGUUACAAAGGUGUUUCCUUGUGAAGCUGGCUGCUGAAAUUUGUAUCCUAAAAGCUGGUUAGAAAUGUCAAAAAAAAAAAAAAAACAGCAAAUGGAAUUUAUGGAAAUUAUAAAAAGAAAAUAAAGCUCUUAUUGUCCCUGAAAUCUAGAAGAACUUUAUUUUAGUUACUUUUCUCUUCCCUGUGUUCAGUUUUUUUCCCUUCCAUACUAAUGAAAUUUGUGUGGCUUUAAUACACAUAUAACCAUAUGAAAAGAGGCUGUAAUAUAUAUGAAGGUGAUAGAGCUGGUCAGUUGUAAAAGCUGAAGUAAAUGCAGCUGACAUUGGGCAUCAUGGAAGUAUUGAAAAUACUUUAAACAAAGCACGUUAAUAUGGAAUUAUCAAAUGCUUCACAUUGUAUUUGGGAAAAACGAAAAAGCUACCUAAAUGUUGUUUAGAAGCUUCCAUUCCUUCAUUAAAAACAGUUCAUAAAGUCUGAAAUCCAGCUGUUUUAAUUUGGAUUUAAGCUUAUGUAAUGAAAAAGCCUCAAUGUUUUAAAACCUCAUUGUUGAAGCUAAAAAUAGCAAUUUUUAUGCACACAGCAGAAUAAAAUCCAAAAGGCUGAAUUCUACUAAUAGGUGGGAAAUAAAGUAAGAUUAAAGAGAUUUAAAGAAUGAGAAUAGUAGUGAUCUCUGGAUUAUGACUUUGGAUAAAUUCUUAUUCAUCCAAAUUAAGAAUUUGAAAAACAAGUGCUUGAAACACAUUGAAAAACCACAUUCAUUGUCUGUAAUAUAUAUCUGAGAUGAUCUCUUUUGUCUUUUUUCUCACGUUUCCUGUUCCAUUGGCCUGGAAAGAUUGCUUGAAAUAGUCUGUUAAAUAGACUGUUCUUGGUGGAGAUGCAUAACAAAUUUCACCGUGGCUGAAAUGUGCUGAUUAAGCACUUUUCCCCAUUUCCUCCUGUUAAAUAAUAGUCUCCAAAGUCCAAUAUGCUUACUUGGAUUUUUGACUGUAUUAAAUGCUAAUAAGAAACUGUAAUCUUCAAA